AUGAGUUGUAGGGGAGAGUUUACUCCUUCCCGUUACAACAGUUCCCGAGCAAAAUGUAUAAAAUGUGUUUAUUGUGGACUAUUUUUCUCGCCAAACAAAUUCAUAUUCCAUUCGCACCGUUUGCCUGACUCUAAGUACAUACAGCCCGACGCCGCCAACUUUAACAGUUGGAGAAGACAUAUAAAACUUGUAGGAAAUCCUGAACCUCCUGAUGAAGUGUCAUUUGCGUGGGAGGAUGUGAAGGCUAUGUUCAACGGUGGGAGCCGUAAGCGGGCAAUGGCUGCGGGUCUGAGCAGUCAUUCUCGGAGUAAUGGCUCUAAUCAGGAGUACCUAAAGAGGCAAAGCAUGAACUCGUCGUCGCCUGAAAGCAAUCACUCUCUGACACCAAACACAACAAUGAGUGAUAGUUUGUCUCCAAAGAGCACUGGAAGUGCAGCGCCGACUUAUUUCCCAUUAAUCCCAUUACCAAAUAAAUGCUAUUCCCUGCCCUCAAGCGCUCCAUUCACGGCUAACCCAUCGAUGCAAACGUCUCCUAUGAAACCACUUUCUUCGAGUCACGCAUCAGAUUUCAGGCAAAGUUUUGCUGAGUUUAUGUGGAUUGGCUCUGGAAAGCCACCGGCCCUUCACAUACCAUAUAGUUGUCUACUGUGGCCGCGACCACCAGGCUCUUCCUUAGAGUUUGGCGCACCCGAUGCCAAUCGACCCAAAUUGUUUGGAAACAGUGAUACCAAUGCUCUCGUGUUUUCACAACAACAGCAACAAAGAGAUCACCUCUGGUCUCAUGAACAGGGAGUUCACGAGAACAGGGAUUCAAACAACAACAGCACACCAUCUCAUGCCCAUCACUCGUCGCAUACCUCUGCUUUCAAACCGGUGGCAAAGACUGUUGUGGGCUCU